AGAAGAAGCCUUGACGAAGGCAACAUUUCAUUUAGUGUCCAAAACAAUCUAGCCCGUUUUCCCCACUUCUGGCAGGCAAAAGGUUGGGAUGAAUUUGUUCUCUCUAACUCGUUGACUCUUGUCUGCUUUAGCCCUUCAUUACUUAUGUGAUGAUAAUAGCGGAUCCAAGUGUAUCUCGUUUCGUUCACUGUUCUACCAUAUCAGUUUGCGCUAGUAAGAGACUGACAGAGACUCCAAUCACAUUCUCAGUUUUCGUGGUAUCUGUCCUCUGCCUCUGCGUCCCUCCACCGCAACGCCAACCCACCUCGCCAUCCUUUUCCUCCGCCGGCGACACCAACCCCUCUCCCUCUCUCUGUAUAGUUCAUAUAUAUUCUCUCUGGCCUUUUCUCUUCUUCUACCCGAAGUCUUCACCUUUAUGCUUAUCUGCAAAAACAAUCCACCUGUAUUCUGUUCACAGAAAACCCCUUUUGUUCCUCGCGAAACUCCUACAGUCUACUCACACCCUCAAAUUUUAACUUUGUAUCCUUCUGCUCUCCCCACUCAAAAUGGAUGUUUUGCCGGGCCCUACUUUCAUCAUCGAUCACGAUUCGCUGCCGUCGUAUGGCAGCCAAAACCAAAAGGACGGUCAUGUUCGCCGGGUUAUGGAACGGCCACAGUUUUAUGCGGGCGAUGACUCAUCGCAGAGUUCGUCCUCGAUUGGAGCCCCGGAUGACCGUGGAGAUGAGGAAGAUGGAGAGGAGGUACAGAGCAAUUCGAAACGAGGAAUCGCGUUAGAUGCUUUGGAUUCUCUAGAGGUGUCCCUUCCCAUCAAGAAUGGAUUGUCGAGCCACUUCGAAGGAAAAUCGAAGUCAUUCUCAGAUUUGAGCCAAGUGAGCUCUGUGAAGGAGUUGCAGAAACAAGAGAACCCAUUCAACAAGAGAAGAAGGGUUCUAAUGGCAUCCAGGCGGUCUCUAAGAUCGGCCUUCUACACCGGGUCGAACCCUAAAUCCAUGCCUCUUUUGCCCCUCCAUGAAGAUGAACAAGAAGACGAUGAAGAAAAAUGUAGAAAGCUUGCGUCGCCGUCGUCCCUAUCCUCCUCGUCCUCGUCCUCAUUCACCGAGGAAAAGAAACAAGAAGAUCAAAUGCUGCUGCGACGGCGACAGAAGACGGUGUCAGAAUCGACUUGGCUUCGAUCUGGGAGCUUGAAGUCAAGGAGUAUUUCACUUGCAGAUCUUAAAGAACAUGACGACGACGACGACGACGAAGAUGCUUGACAUGUGAGAUGUUUUGCUGUUAGUAGGAAUCUUAAAUGAGGGUACCUUUCAAGUGUUUUGUUUUUAGAGUGAGAUGGAAAUUGUGGAGAUGAUAUUAUAUCAGCCUCAUAAAAUUGACAAGAGUAUGACAUUGAUGCGUAUUUCUUGA